AUGGCCAACCGAAAACGUAUCAUGACCAAGAACCUGAUCCGACUUCUUAUCACUGAGAGACAGCUUAGCGGAGGACAUGAGCACCCCCAGUGCCAAGUAAGGCUCCCAAGCUGCUGGUAUCAACUCCAUCCUCCCCAGGAACAUGGAGCCCAGUUUGUCUCAUUGCCGAUCAUCAAGAGCUUCACUGAAAAGGAAAAUGUAUGUGCACUGGUAUCCUGGGAUUCCUCCAUCCACGACUCUCCCCACCUGAACCGAUUAACGCCCGCCAACGAGAGGAUAUAUGUCAUCCUAAAGGCAGUUGUCCGCCUGAGUCACCCCGCAUCCAUGGAGCUGGUCCUCCGCAAGCGAGUCUGCAUCAACAUCUACAAGAAGCAAAGCCUGUCCUCCUUCACCAACAUCCUCAAGAACAGGUUCAUCGGAGGGGUAGGUGUAGACUGA